AUGGUCUGCGCCGUCCUCGUCUUCUUCCUCCCCAACUCCCCCAUCGAUGCGAAGUGGCUCACCACCGAGGAGGAAAUUCACACGAUUGAUGUGAUUCGCGAUACGCAUGCGGGUAUAUCCAACUCGGUGCUGAAGUGGGGACAGGUGAAGGAGGCGUUUAUGGAUCCGAAGAGUUGGUUGUUUAUAUUCCACAUGUUCUUCAAUGAGCUGCCCAACAACACGUCCCAGCAGCUACCGCUCAUCAUCGUCGGCUUCGGCUUCACGCCAGCGCAGAGCGCUCUGUUCAAUAUUGCCAAGCCGCUAUGGGGGUCUUUCCUCAUUUGCGUGACGGCGUUUAUGAUCUAUGCCACUGAGCUUGGGGUGGGGUGGACUUGUGCUUUUUCGUAUAUACCGUGUUUUGUUGGGGGUCUUAUCAUGGUCACAGCCCCAUGGUCGAACAAGAUCGCCCUCGUGGUCGGAACGCAGAUUUCUACCUUCAAGCCUUCUUACCUCUUGGGCUUGUCCUGGGCUGGGACGACGACGGUUGGAUAUACGAAGAAGCUCACGGUUAUGUCGACGCGCAUCGUCGCUGCUUCGAUUGCUAAUAUGAUCUCACCUGAAUUCUGGCAAGAAAAGUACAAACCCCGCUACCUCCUCCCCUGGGGCUUCAUGACGGCCUUCUGGCCCAUCUCACCGGCUAUGUGUAUCGUCAUUCGCUACUACCUGAAAGUGGAGAACCAGAAGAGGGCGGCGAGGUUGGCGGAGAUGGGCGAGAUUAGUGAUGAGGAGGCGGUGGAUACGGGAGAUGGACUUGUCAAGGUGCAGGGGGAGGAUAGGGACUAUACCGAUCGGGAGAAUUUGAGGUUUGUGUAUCCGCUUUAG